AUGGAGGGUGGAGGGACGAGGAGGAAGAUAGGAAGGCUGGAGAGGACAGCAUCCAUCCCCCCGCCCAGAGCAGCAUCCGUCCCCUCCAGAGCAGGAUCCAUCCCCUCUGGAGCAGGAUCCAUCCCCCCAGAGCAGGAUCCAUCACCCCCAGCUGGCUCCCGGGGGUGCCGCAGUGGCAUUGCCGAGACACCCCCCGUGCCCGGGGGGCUGCGCUUCAUCCCACCCGACCCCCGCCUUGCUGCUGCGUGGAAGUUCAAGCUGCUGGACCAGGACCGGGACAUCCGUGAACCCGUGCAGUACUUCAACAGCGUGGAGGAGGUGGCCAGCAUCUUCCCAGAUCGUGUUUUCGUCAUGGAGGCCAUCACCUUCAGCGUGAAGGUGGUGUCGGGGGAGUUCAGCGAGGACAGCGAGGUGUACAACUUCACGCUGCACGCCGGGGACGAGCUGACGCUGAUGGGCCAAGCGGAGAUCCUCUGCGCCAAGACGGUGAAGGAGAAGUCGCGCUUCAACACCAUCCUGCGGAAGCUGGGCAAGGCGGCGCCGGCGGCGGGGGCCAGGCAGGUGAAGGGCAAGAUGCCCUGCCUGAUCUGCAUGAACCACCGCACCAACGAGAGCCUCAGCCUGCCCUUCCAGUGCAAGGGCCGCUUCAGCACCCGCAGCCCCCUCGAGCUGCGGCUCGGAGACGGUUCGCCCUGGCUGCCCCCCGCCGACCUCUCGGCCCUCUCCCUGGAGGAGGUCUCCAAGUGCCUGCGCUUCAUCGGCCUCUCCGAGGACGUGGUCAGCUUCUUCGCCCGCGAGCGCAUCGACGGCAGCAUCUUCGUGCAGCUCAGCGAGGAGAUCCUGGCCGACGACUUCCGCCUCACCAAGCUCCAGGUGAAGAAGAUCAUGCAGUUCAUCAAGGGUUGGCGCCCCAAGAUCUAA